UUUCUGUGUUUUAUGCUUGUCAUAUGUUAUGAGUCAAAAUAAAACACAAAAUGUUGCAAAACAUAAAAUGCUUAGAACAAAAGCUUCAGAAAGUUUCCCUGCUUUCUGGGCUAGAAAGCAUCACACACGCUAUCCUGACGCGGCCGUGUCGCGCAUGCGCAGUGGACGGCAGUUGCAGUUGCACUCCGUUUCCGCUAGAGGGCGCGAACGCCCCAUAGCUGAACAACGGGAGCACAUGCGUCUUAUCUCGCGAGGUGCUCAGAGCAAAGCGAAAUGUCUGCAGGCUGCAGUUCGACAUUCGGCCUCCCCGUUUCAGGGGUCUUGUUCAUUCUCCAGCCCCAGGGGAAUCGGCUCACAUUCUUUAGGGGGAAAUUUCCCAAUUACUGAAGGAAAGAGCAAUGAGAGUAGCAUCACCCAGACAAGUUCGGGGCAUGUUCUACUCCCGGUUCUUACUAGUGAGACCUAUUUUGCAUUUACAUGCUCUAAACAAUCAUUUACGGACACGCACGUUCAAAAUGAUAGUUUAUUUAGCUCUGCUGAAGCUUAUAUUCCCACCUUUGGGCAUGAUGGCCUCAGCUAUAGACGGUGUCCCUCUGGACCGAUGGUUCAUGAGGGAGUUUCAGCGCUGAGUGGCCUCGCUCAGGUUGGACCAGUUACGGCACAUGCGCUAGAAAGUAAAAAUUACCCGAACGGCUUUGUGUCAGUGGAAGCGCGAGCGCUUCCUAACACAGGGUGUCCCUAUGCGCACAGUGCAUGCCAGACAAGUAGUGACAACAGAUUUGUCUGUUUGGGGGGGCAUGCACGAAGAGAGGACAGUGGAUGGCAGGUGGAAUCACCGGCAGCUAUAUAUGCACAUAAACUGUCCGUAGAUGCUGGCGGUUCAGCUAACACUCAGACUUUUUCUCCCUGUUCUAAAGAGAUGCCGCGUUCUCGUGAGGACAGAGAGUACGGCAGCAGCGGUGUAUGUCAGUCGCCAGGCAGGGCUGCGUUCCCAUCCGGUACGCACGCUGGCACGCAGACUGAUUUUAUGGAGCAGUGUCUAACAGAUUUCGUAGCGUUACGGGAGAGUAACGCUGGAUCUGUUUGCGUCACUAGUGAAUGCGUAGUGCCCUCUGUUUUACUCGCCGCACAAUCGGAGUGCCACUCUGGGGGUCGGCGCUUAUCCACGCGAAUGGAUGCGCACACUGUUUUACGCGUGCCCACUGAUAACGUUAAUCUCCCCAACUCUAGCCAGAGUAAGAGAGAGAGGUCUGACUGUAGUCUUAGGGGUUCCACAUGGGCCGGACAAGCAUUGGCUGACGGCAGUCACGCAGCUUCUCCAGGGCAACCACUGGCCCCUCCCACUGCGCAGGUAUCUACUGACUUAGGCAGGGGGGGGGAUGUUUCAUCCACACCCGGAGCGCCUAGUCCUUUAGGUCUGACCCGUGAGUGGUUUAACUUAAGUGCAACAGGCUUACCGCCUAAUGUUAUUAAAACCAUUCAGAGUGCGAGGGCCCCCUCCACUAGGUCCCUCUAUGGAUACAAGUGGGGGGUGUUUGAACAGUGGUGUUCAGAUAAACUUGAAACUCCGUUUCAAUGUUCUGUGGGGAUUAUACUGUCUUUCCUCCAAGACCUGAUUGAUAAAGGCAGGUCUUUCUCCACAGUUAAGGUUUACCUCGCAGCUAUUGCUUCGUGCCAUGUGGGAUUUGAAGGGAAAACAGUGGGACAGCAUCCUUUAGUGUGCCGCUUUAUGAAGGGGGCACGGCGGUUGCUACCAGUCUCCAAACCCUUGUCUCCAUCUUGGGAUUUGUCAUUGGUGCUUGAAGCCUUGUCGGCAGCACCUUUUGAACCUCUGGACCAGGUAGACUUUAAGAUCCUGUCUUUUAAGACAGCACUCUUGUUAGCCUUGGCCUCAGCUAAACGCGUGAGUGAGAUACAUGCAUUUUCUGUGCACUCCUCAUGUAUGCAGUUUUCGCAGGGGGAUACAAAGAUAUGUUUGCGUCCAAACCCUGUUUUUAUUCCCAAAGUCAUUCAGCCUUGUCUCCCUUUGGAGCUGCAGGCAUUUUAUCCACCGCCUUUUACCUCACAUAACCAGCAGCGGUUAAAUGCACUAUGUCCUGUGCGAGCGCUGCGUAUCUAUGUGGAUAAAUCUAAAAGCUUUAGGAAGAGUGAUCAGCUUUUCGUAUCUUGGGCUAAGCCGUACACAGGGAGAGCUAUUACUAAACAAAGACUAUCGCACUGGAUUUCAGAAGCGAUCGCUUUGGCAUACACCAGUAAGGGGCUAGCAGUCCCGCCUGGCAUCCGGGCACACUCCACGAGAGGCAUAGCGACCUCAUGGGCGGUCUUUAGUGGCCUUUCUAUUCAGGAGGUGUGUGCAGCGGCGAGCUGGUCCUCGCCUCAUACGUUCACCAGAUUUUAUAAACUGGACAUAACAGCACCUACUAUAGCACAUGCGGUGCUGAGCGCCGGCUCGGGGAACACUCAGUCUCCACUGUGAGGCUUAGCUGGUUGACAGUGUGUUCAGGCAGGCUUGUCUGACAAUACGGGAGUUAGGAUAUC